AUGAAUACUACAGUACCCCAGGAUAAUAAUAUUGCUCAAAAUGAUAUCAACAGCACAUGUGAGAAUGACCCUGUUUCAAACCUUGAAUUUAAAAAUGGUCCCAGAAGAAGCUACCUAGUCUCUCAACCAAACAACAGACUAGAGAAACUGAGAUCAAUAAGAACCUUUAAGGAACGAUUGACUGUUUUAUUUCUCAUCUUAUUUACCGCGGUUGUCAGAUUAUAUAACUUACAAUAUCCAGAUUCUGUCGUCUUUGAUGAAGUUCACUUCGGUGGUUUUGCUUCUAAGUACAUUAAGGGAAUCUUUUUCAUGGAUGUACAUCCUCCACUAAUUAAAAUGGUAUUUGCUGCAAUCUCAUAUCUUUGUGGGUUUGAUGGGAGUUUCCAAUUUGAGUCGAUUGGUGAAAAAUACCCUUCAAAUACUCCUUAUGUCCCAAUGAGAUUGUUUUCUGCCAUCCUAGGUUCCCUAACUGUCCUUCUAAUGUAUAUGACCCUAAAAUAUUCUGGUGUCUCUAUAUUCGUCUGUCUGUUGAUCACUGUCUCUUUUGUAUUAGAAAACUCCUUUGUUACCAUAUCUCGCUACAUCCUUCUGGAUUCACCACUGAUCUUUUUCAUCGCUUUAACCGUUUAUUCCUAUAAAAGAUUCGAACUCUAUCCAAUUGACACUUGCAAAUCUUACAAGGCUCUCUUAUCCACAGGUAUUGCAUUGGGUUUAGCUAUUUCCUCCAAAUGGGUAGGCCUUUUCACCCUCGCUUGGGUAGGUCUAUUGUCAAUCUGCAGAAUAUGGCUGUCUAUAGGAGAUCUCUCUUUAAAACCAAACAAGAUUAUUAAACUGAUCCUGGCUAAAUUCAUCUGUUUGUUAGUUGUUCCAUUCAUAAUCUAUUGUAUGGCUUUCAAGAUUCAUUUUGAUACACUUACCAACGCAGGGGAUGGUGCAGGAUUUUUUUCCUCCGCUUUCAGAUCUACUCUUCAUAACAGCAAUGUCCCAGCAAACAUCUUGAGAGACGUAGGCAUAUCAUCUGUGGUCACUAUUCGUCACGUCGGCACGAUGGGUGGCUAUCUACACUCGCAUCCUCAUCCCUUAGAAACAGGGUCCAAACAACAACAGAUCACUUUAUAUCCACAUCUGGAUGAUAACAACAAAUGGAUUAUUGAAUUGGCAUCAAACCCCGGUGUUACUGUCCCAAACUUCGAAUCCUUGAAGGAUGGCACUCAAAUCAGAUUGUUGCAUCCUUUGACAUAUUGUAGACUGCAUUCACACGAUUUCCCUGCUCCUGUCUCGGAAUUUAGUGAUUGGCAGACUGAAGUGUCUUGCUACGGGGCACAUGGAUUCGAUGGUGAUGUAAACGAUACCUGGGUCAUCGAAAUAGAUAAACAAGCAACAACAGACCCUGAGGCUAAACAGAGGGUUAUUGCUUUGAAGACUAUUUUUAGACUAAAACAUUUUGUCAGUGGUUGCUACCUUUUCUCACACGAAGUCAACUUACCUGCAUGGGGGUUCAACCAACAAGAAGUUACCUGUGCCACUCAGGGGAAGUUCCAUUUGACUCAAUGGUACGUGGAAGAUAACGAGAAUAUGAACCUCGACGAAUCAAAGUCACCAAGGGUAUCUUAUGAAAAACCAUCUUUUUGGCGCAAAUUCAUCGAAUCUCAUCAAAAGAUGUGGCACAUUAACAAGAAUUUAGUGGCAUCUCAUCUUUAUUCUUCCUAUCCAAGUUCAUGGCCUUUCUUAUCAAGAGGUAUAAGUUACUGGUCUGAAGGAAACAGACGUGUCUAUCUACUAGGUAACGCCAUCAUGUGGUGGUCUGUUUCAUUAUUUGCCUUGUUCUCCAUUGGAAUCUUUAUGGUGGAAUUGGUUUCAUGGCAAUUAGGUGCCACUAGCAUUUUUAAGGAUCCACAUAUUAUUAAUUUCAACCUUCAAACCUUUCAUUAUCUAUUGGGUUUUACUAUCCAUUUCGUUCCAUCAUUCUUUAUGAAAAGACAACUGUUUUUACACCAUUACUUACCUGCUUAUUAUUUUGGUAUCUUGGCAUUAGCUUGUGGAUUCAAUCUGCUAGUAACAUAUUUUAACAGAAGAACAAAGAUAGUAGGAAUGCUAGCAUUAAUCAUUUUUACUGGUGGUUGUAUCUAUUUUUUUAACACUUAUAAACCAUUAAUUUAUGGAUUAUCAUGGUCUAGAAAGGAAUGUAAGAAAUCGAAAUGGUUACUUAAUUGGGAUUAUGAUUGUAACAUCUUUUAA